AUGCUGCUGGCUUUGAUGACAGAGGAAGGGGCCCUGAGCCAAGGAGUGCAGGCUCCAGAUUCAGUGUGCUCGUCUCCAGACUGCUCCGUGACAGCGAGGCUGUCCCACGACGUGCAGCUGACACGCAAGCCCAGAACCACAGCCCAGUUUGUCCGUAACCUCGCGGAGAAGGCCCCAGCGCUGGUCGACACUGCUAUGACUUACUUGAAGCCUCGACUGGCCAUACUUUGGCACUAUGCCAAGGUUGAGCUGGUCCCUCCAACCCCUGCUGAGAUCCCUACAGCUAUUCAGAGCUUGAAAAAAAUUGUCAGUGGUGCUCAAACCAGUAGCUUCAAACAGCUCACAGUUAAGGAAGCUCUGCUGAAUGGUUUGGUGGCCACUGAGGUGUGGACGUGGUUUCAUGCCGGCGAGAUCACAGGCAAGCGUGGCAUCAUUGGCUAUGAUGUUUGAAGACCAAUCUUUCACAUGUGAUUAUAUUUGCUUUAUUAUUUCGGUGUUCUUGGACCAUGUGUGAGCAGACUGGUUUUUGAAUAAAAUAAGGCAAUGUGUCAAAA